ACUAUUUGGAAAGAGGAAGGGAAGAGGAGGAGCGAGGACCCAUGGCGGCGCUGGUUGCUGUUUGCAGUGAUCUAGGGAUGAAAAAGUUGGCGGACUUCAUAAAGCCAGCUCUCUACCUCAGAGAUCCUAAGAUUCACGCGGGGCUGUGGAGAAGUUGUUCACAAUAUACACAGGUAGCCAGCAAUGAGGACCUGCCCAUUCCAAUGGAAAAUCCUUAUAAGGAGCCUCUUAAAAAAUGCAUCUUGUGUGGAAAACGUGUAGAUUAUAAGAAUGUACAGCUUUUGUCGCAGUUUAUAUCUCCAUUUACUGGAUGCAUUUAUGGAAGGCACAUAACAGGUCUUUGUGGGAAGAAACAAAAAGAAAUCACAAAAGCAAUUAAGAGAGCUCAAAUACUGGGGUUUAUGCCAGUUAUAUACAAGGAUCCUGCAUAUCUCAAAGACCCUAAAGUUUGUAACAUCAAGUAUCGGGAGUAAAUUACAUGUCUUAUCAUCAAUAAACAUAUUUUACAAUAA